CCAAAGCCGCCUGCUAAUACCUCCAUAGUCAAUUCUGUUUGAACCAUUCAAAGCCUGGAAAUUUCACUAAUCAACGCCUAUUUCAAAGUCAAUAAUGGGAGCCAAUUCUCUGACCUGCUUUAAGGAAAAAAUAAAUAAAUUAUGCAUGUGAAUGUUGGUAAAAUAGUUAAUCAUGCAUCUUCCCUAUAAAACACAGGCAAUGUCCGCAACCAACAACCAAAAAGUAGUUCAUUCAAGAGCUUUUCACAGGCAAACAAGCAGCAAACAGAAUUUAAGGUUUUUCCAUCAUGGGAAGGAAACUGGAUGCUUUACUGGGAAGGAAUAGAUAUUUGAAGGCUUCCAAGUUUAAGACCCUUGCUAAUAUGGCCAUUUCUAGGACUUCCAUCCUAAAAAACCACCACCGCGCCCGUUGCUCCCUAGCUCGUGCCGAUGUUCUUCAACUGUUGAAUCUUAGUUACCAACAUCGUGCUCAGCUUAGAGUUGAGAUUGUGAUCAAGGAGAAUAACAUGUUGGAUGCUCUUGGAAUGAUAGAGGAUUACUGCUGCCUUCUCGUAGAAAAGGUGGCUCUUCUUCAGAUGAACAAGGAAUGCCCUGGCGAAGUUAAGGAGGCGAUAUCGAGUCUGAUAUUUGCAGCUUCAAGGUGCGGAGAGUUUCCAGAACUUCAAGAGAUUCGUCGGAUUUUCGAGUUGAAGUUUGGUGCGGAGUUUGCAAGCAGUGCCAUUGAUUUACGCAACAACUGUGGUGUUAGUACCAAGAUGAUUCAAAAGUUUUCAACAAAACAGCCCAGUGCCGAAACUAAACUGAAAGUGCUAAAGGAAAUUGCUUCAGAAAAUGGCAUUCCUCUCCAUUUAGAGCAAGAAUCACCAAUAAUCAUCAAGGCAAAGCAAAACCAAAAGUUGGAAAUCAAGAAAGAAGCAGAUUUGUAUAAUCCUGAAGUCACAAACACCACAGAUGAUCUACAUGAAGUUAUUACAAGUGAAAAGAUGGCAUCGGAAUUAGUGAAAUCAAAGAAGUUUAAAGAUGUAGCUAGUGCCACUGAAGAACCCUUCCAAUCGGCAGCUUAUGCAGCAUUAGCAGCUAAAGCUGCAAUCAACCUUUCAAAGUCCAAAUCACAGGAUAUUGAUUCAGAUCAUGAAGAUGGCUCUCAUCUACAAAAGAAUGGAAAAGGCUCAGAUUUGAAUAGUUCUUAUGAACCUAAGCUUAAUACAAAAGAAGAAAGAAUAUCUUCCUGUAAGAUUGACUAUUCAGACGACAGAUUUAGUUUUGAAAAGAUUUGUCCUGUUGAACUUGAAAGUUGCAGUUCUCAAUAUGAAGAUGCUGACAUGGAAGAAACCAAUCAAGAAGAGUUACCAAAAGAACCUGCCAAAGAAAGCACAUCCUUUGCUCUAAAAGAUUCAGAUGUUAACAAUAUGAAGGAGCAAUCAUCAAAACCAAAUUCAAUCUUCUACAACGAGUCAGACGGCGACAAGAUAACCAAUACAGAUAAUGAAGUUGCCAGUGGAAAAGAAAUUUCAGAAGAAGAUAUAAGAGUUCACGAAUCAAAGUAAAUUUAUUGGCUAGUCACAUCUAGAUUGGAAGGAAACGUGUAGUGAAACUUUUGGACCCAGUAUACGAUCAGUAGUUUCUUAUUUCUCAAUAAAAGGGUACGAACAAUUUUGCUAGGACAGACAUGUAAACAUUAUUAUAUUUUCAGAGAUUGUUAUUCGAGUACAAUACAUUUAUAUGGUUGAAAAUAAUGUAACUAAUACUAGGAUAGAUAGCAAAGAAAUUUUCGAUAUUGCCAAGUUCUCUUAAAUUCAGUAUUCUAACAAAAUCUUGUAUACAAAUGAAAAAUGAACAAAAAUACAAAACAAGACAAAAACAAAAAGCAAAAUUUACUUGAA